AUGACUGAAAAAGGAUCAUCAAGUUCUGAUUUGGGCCUAAAUGAAAGUGAGGGGGAAAUUGUGAAGAAUCUUCAAACAAAACUUAAUAAUUUUGAAAUUGAAUUUAAUGAGGAAAAAGAAAAGAAUGAAAAAGAGAAGAAAUUAAUUGAAAGUAAAAAUAAGAAGGAAAUGGAAAUUUUUGAGAAGAAAAUGAAUGAGGAAAUCCAAAAAGUCAAAUCUGAGCAAGAAAAUGAAAUUAAAAAUUUAAAAGAAUAUUUUCAACGAUUAAUUGAUGAAAAAAUUGAAGAAAUUAAAACAAUUGGAAAACAAAAGUGUGCGGAAUCGACGUCUGAAAUUAAAAAAUUGGGAGGAAUGAAUUUUAUUCAAAUUAAAAAUAAAUGGAGUUUAACUUCUAAUAGUUUUGAAAAUGCCGAUAAAAAUAGUGUGCCUGUUGGAAUUUGUAUUGAAGAAAAUGAAUUUGUUAAUUUAACUGGAGAUGGAAAUAUUAAAUAUAUUUUGGGGAAAGCCGGUGGCCGGUUCAAAAGCCCUACUAAUUAUAUACCAUUCGAUUCGUCUCGGCGAGCUGAGUCGAAUGGUAUAUAUUUCGAAGGGCUUUCGAACCGGCUAAAGUCAAGUAGAACCUUAAUUUUAAAUUUAUUUUAUUUAGGUGAAGAUAAAUCUGUUUUUGUUUUUGCCGAAAAUGAAUUUAAAAAUCCAAAAGAAAAAAAUAAUUAUUCUUUGUUUUAUUAUGAAGUUAAAGGGAAAAUUGAAGAAGAAGAAAAUAAAAAUAUUUUGUGUGUUGGAAUUAAAAAUUGUGGAAAUGAGGAUGUUUUGUUGUGUAUUGGAAAACCAAUUAGAAACAAAUUGGCGGCUUCUAUUGUUUACAAACAAAAAAAUAAAAAGAAGGGAAUUAAUCUUCCAGAAAAUUUUUGUUGGAAUGAUGGGGAUGUUUUUGGUUGUGGAGUAGUAUAUCCACCAAUUAAUAAAAGGGACAAAUUCCCUUUUGUUUUCUUUACUCAAAAUGGGAAACAAAUUGGUUAG